AUGCGGUACUUGAGCGGUCUCCUUGCGGCCGCCCCUUUGCUGGGCCUCGUCUCUGCCCAGGUUUCCACAAGCUGCAAUCCGUUGAACUCAACCGAUUGUCCUUCCGACCCUGGUUUCGGCACCGACUACCUCUUCAACUUCAACACCACACCAUCGUAUGAGCUAUGGGAGACCACCGCUGGAUCCGUCACCUAUGACAGCGAGAAUGGCGCCGGCUUCACCAUCAACAAGCAGGGUGACUCGCCCACCAUCCGAACCCUCUUCUACUUCUUCUUCGGCCGUGUCGAGCUCCUCCUCAAGGUCGCCCCGGGUGUCGGCAUCGUCAGCUCUGCCAUGUGGCUGAGUGACGAUCUCGACGAGGUCGACUGGGAGUUCCUCGGUGUCAACAACACCGCCGCCUCCACGAACUACUUUGGAAAGGGUCUCCAGGACUACCACAAUGCCGGCGUGUACACCACCCGCGACAACCAGGCCGACUUCCUCAACUACACCACCGUCUGGACCAAGACGGGCAUUGACUGGUACAUUGACGGCCAGCACGUCCGCAACCUCACCCCCGAUGCCGCCAACAAGACCCGAAACUACCCCCAGACCCCCAUGAGACUCUCUCUUGGUAUCUGGGCCGGUGGUGACCCGUCUCUGCCAGAGGGUACCCGUGAAUGGGCCGGUGGUAACACCAGCUACGACCAGGGUCCCUUCACCAUGUACGUCAAGAGUGCUCGCAUCACCGACUACGGCGGUGGUUCCGAGUACGCCUAUGGCGACACUUCCGGCUCAUGGGAGAGCAUCAAGGUUACUGGCGGAAACUCCACUGCCUACAAGGCCAUUCACGAAGUGCAAACACCCAAGCUGUCCAUCAGCCAGAAGUGGAACAACCUGCCCGCCGGCGCCAGAAUCGGCGUCUACGUCGCAGCCGGUGUUGUCGCCGCCGUCCUGAUCGGAGCCCUGCUCUGGUACUGCAUCAAGCAGCGCCGAGACGGCGCCCGCGAGGCCCGCCUGGCCACCGAAAUGGAAAAGAUGGACCGUAUGGAACUCGACAAACUGAAGCGCGAAGGCGUUGAUCCGGACGCGUAUACUGACUACGAUUCUCGCAGUAUGAGGAAAGAAGGCGUCGUCACCUCUGAUGCGCCCCCAGCAAACGUCGGCCCCCUGGACAGCAAGGGCUGGUCAGCCGUCAACAUAGAGUCGCCCAUGCAGUCGCCCGCCCCGUUCCUCAACAAGGAAAUCGGCGAUGUCGCCGGAGGGGAUCAUCCCGGAAGCCCUGGAUCGCCCGCCCCGUCUCAUCCCGGCCCCAAGCGAGGCUCCAGCACAGCUCCCAUCCGAACUUUCAGUGCGAGCCACUCGGGCUACCAGGGACUCCCCGGCGGAGAAGUCUAA